AUGCCUCCCAAAAGAGCUACUCGCCGGAAUGGUGGGACUCCUAAAAGGUCAACAUUCGUCAAUGAGUCUGGAUAUGAACCUAUAGUCAACCAAUACAACCAACCUGAUUUACCAGCAAUUCCAAUUGGAGCAUCAUGGAACUACGGCGCAGCUACGACAACAGCAAUGCCCAAUCGCAUGAAUGUACGCCCCACCAUGAAUAUAGAUCAAAUGGUCGAGUCCACGGAAGCCCGCAUGGAGAUCGCUCGAGAACGCACAGUCGCUGCAAAACAGAAGCAGCAGCAAGAGGCUCAAAGGGCCAAGCGUGCACCAACGCCUGAUCAGACUCAGCUUCAGCAGUCAUUGGAUAGAGCCACAGAAGAUCACCAUUCUGAUCGGACUCCAACGCCUCCUGUUCCACAUUCCGUUUCCACAGACUCCAGCCCAGGCGCAGAGCCUCCGUCACAACGACUGCUCUCAAACUCCCCAUUAUACCCAUCACCGCUCCAACGUCGUGGCUCCCGACAUGGUUCUAUUGCAAGUUCGGUUUCGCGCCACAGCUCAGUUGAUAAUGCCUCCGAAGCCUCAUGGAGUCUCGAGCGGGACAUCAACGAAGAUGAUCUACAGCGGACAAGGCCAAGCAAAUACCGUGGGGAAGCUCACGGUGAAAAUAUUUCGGCACCCCCGCGGCGUAUUUCCGGUCUGGCGAUCGUUCCCGAGGAGGAUGAAUCUAUCAAAUCCGAGGCCGGGGCGUGGAAUCCCACAGCGCAAACACCUCCUCCAGACCUUCCCCCUAGUCCACCAAGGCAAAGCUUCAUUCGCCGAUGGCUGUCAGCAAUAAAGCCCCAAAGGCCCCUCACCAUUCCGACACCCGUCGAGGCCCCAGCCCCCGAACCUCCCAGGGCACGCCGAAGAAGCUUGUUCCGACUUUUGGUGGAGUCAGCAGACAAGGGUCCCUACGCAAGUCUCAUCCGGGCAGCAAUAUGGUUAUUCUUGAUUGCGGGAUCAAUCUCGUUUUACCUAGCUGCAGUCAAGAUUCAUCAAACCCUUUAUCCCCUCGAAUGGGAUCUCGACUCAUCCUCGGGGAUGAACUCAUCUAAUCCAGAGAUCUUCCGUGGUCUUCGGAGCCAAAUAUCCAAAAUGGAUGUCAAAAUGUCAUCAUUGUCAAGCGAGCUGAGUUCUGUCGUCUCGGAGCAAGCACUUUCCAGCGCACUCGAGUCACGCCCCACAAAGGCCCCAGAUGUCGUUGUUCACCGGAAACCCAUCUACAAGGUGAACUUUUUAUCAACGGCCCUAGGCGCCUUCAUUGACCCGCUGAACACCUCUCCGACUCUUGGAUCCAAGCUCGGUGCACCCGCUCGUGCAGUCCAAUGGCUUAUUCCAGACUCAUCUGAUACCCGUGUCCGAGCACCGCAACCCCCCAUUUCCGCCCUCACCGCAUGGCAGGAAGUAGGCGACUGCUGGUGCAGCGCAUCCCGGGAAGGAUCAACCCAGCUCUCUGUGCAGCUCGGUCGAAAUAUCGUGGCCGAAGAGCUGGUCGUCGAGCACGUUCCUCUCGGGGCAUCUCUGGAACCAGAAGCAGCGCCACGGACAAUCGAGGUAUGGGCACGCUUCAGAGUGAACCGACACACGACUGCCGCGAAAGCCAAACUUACUACUGGCGCAAAUCCAGGUCGUGGCGGCUUCUUUUCUCUCUUCGGUGAUGCGACAGUUUCGCCCGAGCCUCCUGCUACUGAGGUCCCUUCAUCCCGUGAGACCGGUCUAGGUGGGUACCUCAUACCCGGAAUAGGAAGCCUUCAUGGAUUGAUCAUGGAUUUGUUGCGCCGGAGUAAUCCCUUCGAACCGGAGUCUGCUUAUUCCGAUGAUCCUAUUCUCGGUCAAAACUUCUACCGCAUCGGUAAGGUCGAAUACGACCUCCAUAGCCCGGACCACAUCCAGACUUUCAAGCUCAACACCAUUGUUGACGUCUCCACCAUCCGUGUUGACAAGGUGGUCUUCCGAGUGACUUCAAACUGGGGCUCCAAACAUACUUGUAUCUACCGGUUUAAAUUACAUGGGCACAUCUAG